UUUUCAUCUAUCGAGAUGCUGCCACUGGACUGGAUUUUCUUUUCCAAGUCCUUUCUCCCAGAUGGAUUAUGGAAGUUUUGUCAGAUUCAAUUUUGGAUAACAGAAGAUGUCGCACGGAAGAAGAGCGAAUAUCAGAAGCAUCUGGAGUAUUACAAAAUGCUUCGGGGGCGAUUCGAAGAAAUUAUCAAAUCGGGCAGAUCCGGUCGGAAGUUGGAUGACGUCAUCGACAAGUACCAGAAGGCCUGCCGCAAGCUACACCUAGCCCACAACGAGUACGUCCUGCUGCUGAGCGAAGCGGCGGAAGUCGAGAAGGAUAUCCGAACCAUUUUGCUGCCCGGUUUGCUGGAACACCAACAGUCCCAGCAGGAGGGAUUUAUUCUGACGUGGCGCUCGCUCCUGCAGGAGAUCUCGAAGCUCGGCGAUUGUACGUCGAACAAGUUCACCGAAAUCCAGGAACGGAUAGACUCGAACGUGUCCAGCAUCAGUCCGGCCGAGGAGUACCGAGAGUUCACCGAGAAGCACAAAACCACCCCGGCGGCACCGGUUCUGUUCCAGUUCGACGAAUCGCUCAUCGAGGACAGUCUGGGAAAGCUGCAGGCCAACACACUGACGGUGGAUAAUCUCACCGUAGACUGGCUCAAGACGCGCCAGACGGAGCUGGAAGGAUCGAUCAAGGACCUGCAGGAGGUCCAGAGUAAGAUGUGCCAUGCGGACAGCAAUGGAGGUGGUGGUGGUGGCUCCAAUGGAACGACGUUGACCGUCAAUGGAAACGGAACAAGUAGUAAUGGUUCCUCGAAUGGUUGUGGGACCAAACCAUCCACGCCGAUUCUGAACGGAUCGAAUGGAUCUAGCAUUAAGGAUAGUUGUAAUAAAAAUUCCAAGGAACUGACGGCGCUUCGAUGCCAAGAACGACAAAUGCAGAAACAGGUAGAAAUGAUACGGGCAGCGUUGAACGAUGUGGGUUGCGAGGAGCUGCCAUCUGGAUGUGACGAUAUUUCGUCGAUGGAACACCUGAUAGAGAACAAGAAGACCGCUAGCCAGGACCUGUCGGAGGACUCCCAUAAUACCUCCACCACGCCGUUUUUCUCUUCCUCCAAAGGAGCGGGAGGGGCUGCCAGUGGAAUGAUGUCCCUGCUAAGGGAUCAGUUUCGACGCAAAUCUGGUGUCACCAAUAAUGGUAACCCAUCCUCAAAUGGUCAUUCCGGCAGCACUCCAGGAUCGACACCUCGGGCGGGCCAACGGCUUGCUGCGCUUUUAUCCAGAAACGGAUCAACCUCAGCAAAUGGCUCAACCACAACAACGAAUCCAGCCACAGGUCCUAGUCAAGGUUCUUCGACGGUAAAUGAUGCCCUUAUCACGUGUGAAGAGAAUGUGUACGUUGAACCGUUGGAAUUGUUUGGCAUUGUUGGUGUUGUUGAAUCUACUAACUCCGCGGGUUCGUGCGGUCCAAUCGUUGAUCAGGACCAGGAGCAGGAAAACCGCGCAUCCACUAACACCUACGUCGACAUGGAGGCUAACCUGUUGCAGGCUGAUUUUGAGUGUGCCGUUGUUACACCAUCAUCGGUUGGUGGAACCGAUGGAACUAAUAAACUGCUUGCUAAUAGACAGAACGCGGGGCUGCAGCAACUAGCGGGAGAAAAUAGCGUCGAGUAUCGCCAACAUCAACAGGACAACAGCGAGUUUGGUGAGGUGAUGUUGCUCAAGUCAUUCAACACCCCCGAAAAGCUCCCGAAUCCGGAUGAGCUCUACGAGAACGAUAUGAACGAUUCCAAGAACAAUCUGUUGCAGGAGGAUACCUACGAGGAACCGAUACGGAGGGGUUUGUUGAAGUCUUCUAUUGAUGCUCAUUUGGACUCAAUCGACGAAUUGAACUCAAAGCUUGACCAGAAGUUGUUUUCCAAAGCCGGUUGUGGGAACGAAAAUGAGUACAGUAAUAUAGGACCCGGUAAGGAUGAGGAAGAAUUGUCCAACGGAGUGGAAUUUAGGAGGACUGAAACAAAAGUUGAAAAGGCUAGCUUUAGAGACAAAAUCAAAAAACGAAUCAAAUUAAAAGGUGCUGGAGGAGCAGAUGAGAAAGAUUCGAAGCUCGAUGAAACGGACGAGCCAUCUAACAGUUUAGCUGAUCGUUUAAGAACUAAGGUUAACAAUAUGAAGAAAAACGACAACGAUCAAUUCAAACUUAUGAAAAAUGAACCUACCGAUACACCAAAAGAAUCUUUGGAAGAUAAAAAGCGAAAAAAGAAGAAAAAACGAAAUAAGCAGCAGCGUAAUCAGACUUUUUCAGAGGACGAGUUGCUCGGUGAAGAUGGCGACGAGUCAAAAUUGAAUGAGAGUACGAAGGCCACCUCCGGUAGCCAGGAAAACGCUGGCACCUCUAAAACACCAUCUUUUUCAAACACAGUUCUGUCAACAUUCCGGGACAUCAUGCAAUCGACCAAUAAGGUUAAAGACUCUUCAUUGAAUUUGGCUCUUCGCCAGCACCAUCAAAUAAGUGGGUCAGGUAAUGAGGAAAAGGUAGAUCUAAUUAGCACAAAAGAUGCCAAUAGGUUGACGACGAUAAAAUUCAUCUUCUCCGACCAAAAUUGUCAAGACUCCGGUGAUUCGGCUGGUCCCGAAACACCGGAGCACCUUCGCCAGCGGAACCCAGAUCAACCUCAAACGGAACCGACCGCCGAUCUCAACGACGAGUCUCAUUAUUCCCUACCUACGCUGAACCAUUCCACAGCCAGCGAAAGCUUGCAAUUAGUAGAAUCAACUACAUCCACCCCCAUCGUCAAAGCACGGAGCAACGAUUGCAGCUCCAAAGGCGCCAACGACCAGCAUCAUCAUCCGGCGUCAUCGGGUAAGCUCUCGUCGCUGCUGAAACACAAUCUGAAAAAUCGCUUCAAUAGAUUGCAUCAAAAAAUCCCCAAACUACUGGCUCACACACCCCAUCACAACAGCAGCAGCAACAGUAGCUCCCCGGGGCCUCCCACAAAGUCCUCCUCUGGAGAUGCUGCCCCACUAUGCCGGGCUUGCUCGCGACGAUACCAACGCUUGCAUCCGAGCAAAACGGUGCUAGAUUUCACCAAGGAAUUCCCGCACGGGGGACGAUUCUGUCGGAGCCAUGGGGGUCAGUAUGAAGAUGGAGACGACGACGACGACGACGAGAACGACGAUGGCCUGGAUGAGGAAAAUUGGGCGUUGAAUUUAGACUACGAGGAUAUCGAUGUGAUUACGAUUAAGUGUCACAUCCAGCCGGAGGACCAAACGAAGGACGAAGAUGGUGAUGAUGAUGGGAAAGAUGUUAGGGAAGCUAUGACUUUAUCGACCAACCGGCCACUCUACGAGGAGGAAUGGUUCCACGGGGUUCUGCCACGGGAGGAGGUUGUUCGAUUGCUACGGAACGAGGGAGAUUUUCUGGUCCGCGAGACGACCCGGAACGAUGAAAGCCAAACCGUGCUCAGUGUCUGCUGGAACGGACACAAGCACUUCAUCGUGCAAACGACGGCCGAGGGUCAUUUCCGGUUCGAAGGACCAGCAUUUCCUAGCAUCCAAGAGUUGAUCAUCCAUCAGUAUCAAUCGGAACUGCCUGUUACUGGCCGUUCCGGUGCAGUUUUACGAAAGCCGGUAUUGAGGGAACGAUGGGAACUGAGCAAUGACGAUGUGAUACUGUUAGAUAAGAUUGGGCGGGGAAAUUUCGGUGAUGUGUACAAGGCGAAGCUCAAGUCAACGAAGAACACGCUGGUGGCUGUCAAAACAUGUCGAAUGACGCUGCCCGAGGAGCAGAAACGCAAAUUCCUGCAGGAAGGUCGAAUUCUCAAGCAGUACGAUCAUCCGAACAUCGUCAAGCUGAUCGGAAUCUGCGUUCAGAAGCAACCGAUCAUGAUCGUGAUGGAGCUGGUUUCCGGGGGAUCGCUACUGAUGUUCCUGCGCAAGAACUCGGCCACCAUGGGUCAAAAGCAACUGAUGGCCAUGUGCCGGGAUGCUGCUGCGGGAAUGCGAUAUUUAGAGUCCAAAAACUGUAUCCACCGGGAUUUAGCCGCGAGAAACUGCCUCAUAGGCAGUGAAAACAUUGUCAAAAUUUCCGAUUUUGGAAUGUCCCGAGAAGAGGAAGAAUAUAUAGUUUCCGGUGGCAUGAAACAGAUCCCGAUCAAGUGGACCGCUCCCGAGGCGCUCAACUUCGGCAAGUACACUUCACUGUGCGACGUCUGGUCCUACGGCAUUUUAGUGUGGGAAAUCUUCAGCCACGGUGACACGCCGUACUCGGGACUUAGCAAUUCCCGUGCCCGUGAACGAAUCGACGAAGGCUACAGGAUGCCAGCCCCGGAAAACACCCCACCGGAAAUGUACCGACUGAUGCUCAAAUGCUGGUCCUACGAGCCGGAGAAUAGGCCCCACUUUGAUGAGAUCUAUACCGUUGUCGAUGCAUUGAUGCUUUGCACCAAGGACUAGCGAAGACCAGCCGGUGGUCGACCGUCUAGGUGCGUUUCCUGUGCCACAAAACCACGCAAAAUACGAUCCGGUGGUCGUGACCGGAAACGAGUACCCGUUUAUUUUUGCUCCCGAGCCGUGGUAGCGAAGAGCACAGCUGAUGUCAAAGGCUAAUAGUAUCUAUAUGCUCAGAUAACCAAAUCGUUCAUGUUCGAUUCAACUACGAAAAUGUACCCACGAUACAUGCAAAGGCUUUCAUUUAUUGAAUUAAUCGAAACGACAAUGAGAGAUGCCAUAAACGUAAAAUUCUUCGAGCUAUGCUUACAAAUAAUUCCAAUAAAUGUUGCAGUACUCCUCAAUAUCUAAUCUGCAUGAAGUUGGCUGCCACGACGUUUUGUUUCAACGAAACCUGUAUUCUUUCUUUGUAGAUUUGUUUAUUUUAAAGGAGCCUAUUCAGUCCACUUUUAAUGUACACAACACAGCGUUUAAUGCUAAGCUUUUAGAAUGUGUUUUAAAUUUAGAGAUUACUUAUUUUUUUUAGCCGGAUGCCUGUUUAAGUUGUGCAACUGAAACAGCGGAUCGAGAAGAAAUCGCAAAUAAAAGAGAUUGUUAAAAAAGGGGAUAUCGAGUGGUUCGGAUUAUUGAAUGUGGCCAAAUCAAAAGAAAAGUUAUAAGAAAACAACAGUGAAAAGUGAUCUUUUAAUAGUAAGCCUUUAGCGUUAGGUAGAUAAUGAAUGGUUGAUGGCUGGCUGCGCGAGUAGAAAGCGAAAAAUUGAAACGUUUUGUGAUGAGAAAUUUUAUCGUUAUUUAAGGUUAUAAUGUUAGCUUCUUAGAUUUUGUAAAAAUUCUAGUACACUUUUAAUUGCCCUGUAAUACGAAAUAUGGCGCACACAACGUUCAAGUGGCUCAACUGUUAACUUGGAAGCAUAAUUCGCAUCUGCAGAUAUGGACUAGAAACUACGUCUAAUAAUAUUCGAACAACAAAUCAAGCUUACAGGACGCACACAAUUUUGUAUGCAGCUUACUAUAUAUUGAAACUAAGUCUUACAGCCUUCGAUACAUCAACAUAGCGCGAAUGGUUUCCAAACAUGCAAACUGAUAGGUAAUGAUGAAACAAAUCGAUAAAGGAUGAUUUUGACACGAUGAGCAAUGGUUUUAUUACAGCAGCUCAUUCGAAUGAGUUUUAAACCCUUUAUCAAAAGUGUUGUGAACAUUCAGUUUUAAACUUUCAGUUAGCUAAGAACAAAAAUGAAUAUCGGAAAUUGCAACACUUUCAGCUGUGUGUGCGCGAGACUUGCGAUAUAAGGUUUACAGCAUAUUCGAACAAUGCCUAUAAUAGAACAUUACGGUCUCAGAUCCUCGUUGGUUGUCCCUUCUGGUGACAGUUUUCUGAGACCUUGGAUGGUAGUAUCAACAACUAAAUAUUGGAAAAUUGUAAUUCUAUUUACAUGCAUUAUUAAAAUAUUUUAUAAGAAA